AUGUGUAUCCUGAAACACAUCUUCUACCAAUGCCCCGAGACUGAAGAAUCAAGAGAGGCCAAACAAGAGCACCCGGAUAACAACAUUCUCGAUCUCCCCAACAAGAAGGUGAAGCUAUACCGCAGAAUUGGCGAUCUUGACGCAUGUGUUAGGUUGAGGGCUGGAGAGGAACACCAUAUGCAGCAGGUUCGGGUCUACUGUGCCCACCCGUUCAUCGGCAACUGCAGACAACCCACGGGCAAGGUCGUCGAAAUUGUACAGGGCAUGUGUGCGGACUGUCUGUCCGUUUCCAGUGCUCUGCCUCGAAAGGCCUGGCUUCGCCAGGAGCAGCAGCUCAGCAGAGAUGUGACCGAGAGAAACCCUGAGCAGGAGACAAAAAUGAUGGAAAACAAGGCCUCCGCCUUUGGUUUAAAGACAGCCAACAAGAAGGACAAACAGAAUGACGGAGAGGAGGACGGAUCCGGCGGACCCGUGCUCAGAGGAGCCCCCUACACCGACGUACACCCAGACCUAUUUCAGUACUUUCAGCAAGUCGUUAUCCUGCUCAAACACUCCGUCGCGCGCAAGAUCCCAGAAGCGAACAUGCGCGAGGAUGAUCUAAAGCAGGUCAGGAUGGAGAUCCGUGCCGAGAGGUUCUGCCGUCGCGACGAUAAGCACUGGAUGGACGACCCUAAUGGUGGCGCGGCGGCUCGCAUGGCUAUAUGCAAGUGUACCAACGAAAGGAUUCCCAUGUGCGCCAACGUCGGCCGCGCGCUGCGGAUGUCCGAGGCUCAGCGCAUCCUGGAACACCAUUCCCGCAUGGUUAACCUCCUGGAGGCUAACUACAAGAGCACGGACAGCCGGCAUCUCCAGGAAGAGAGAACCGCCGCCCGGAGGUUCUUCCUCGACCGCCGAGGCGCCCGUGCCGACGUCGAGGAGAUGGCCGUCUACGACAUGUACCCGUCAGAGAAGCCGCGUUACCUCAACGCUAUAAUGGCGCUCAAUAACGAGGUGAAGGACAAGAUCAAACAGGUGCGCCAGGAGCAGUUGUGGAUCGAGACGGACGCGGAAUGGAGCGAGUUCGAGCGCCAGCUGCGCAUGCGCGUGCUCGUAGCCGCGCCGGCGAUCUUGUGGAUCGCGCUCGACAACGGGCUGAAGGACGAGGUCGCUGAGGAGUUAAUCGGCAUUGCGGUGACGUGGUUCCUGUACGUCGGGUCGAUCUUCGACCCCAUCCACUCGUAUGUCCAUGGCAUGCGCCCCGACAAGACAGACCAGCAGAAGGCCGCCGAGGUUGCGGUGUACAACGACAUUAAGAGGAUGUUCAGCGUGGUGACGCAGAUGUUUCCGGCAAGCGAUCUGGAUAGAUGGCAGGUGUUCCACAGCAAAUUCCCGGAUGGGGAAAUUGCUGUCGAGGGUCGCAGGUUUAGCCUCGAGGUUCGGAGGGCGUUCCAUGACAGGGAUACGUACUACGCGAACGCGAUACGCAAGGUGCCGGAUGCUCUGGCCGCGACUCGGAAGAGGGUUAUUUCAGUGGCCACGGCUACGGCCCGGCUGACGGGGAACCACCACCCCGCGCCUCAACAGCCGCAGGCGGACCAGUCCACAAGCGAUGAAUCUACGAACUUGAUAGAGUUUGAGGACGCGGCGGCCAAGGAGAAGGAGGACCCGCCCAUCUGCGGGAUUUGCAAAGACCCGUACGAUGACACUAACGAGCUGCUACGGGCAGUCGCGAUCUGUCCCCAGUCGAAUCUGCAUCUGUUGUGCUUCAGAUGCACCAUGGCACACGUGCUAUGGAUACGCGAGGUCAAUACAACGGAAAAGGGUAAGGAAGACAAGAUGCCCGAGUGUCCGGCGUGCAGAGAGGACUUCCACGGCGAGUUCUUUAGGAUCAGAUAUAAGGAUCUCGGUACGCUGGGUCAGCCUAGUGUGCAGGACGGGAAGGAUGCUGUGAGAGGUGCGCUCAUUUACCCUCCGAGUGAUGCCGUGCGACCUGGGCAGCCUUUUCUGUGGUGA